GAGGAGGCAUCGGUCAGUUGGGUGUGUAUCAGUCUCAGGAAAGUUCUCCUGGUGCACCGUACGGCAGCAUCAUCUCGCCCACCAUCCCCUUUUCCGCCUCGACCUUCUUUGCCAAGAGCUUGAGCUUUCGAGCGGGAGCAGUUGACCCGAAGCAGUACGCCCCUCAGUUGAUCGACCUCAUCAACAGCGGCAAAGCGCACCCCAGCUUCGUCAUCAGCGCAGUCAUUGGCAUUGAAGAUGCGUCAGAAUACUAUGAACGCUUCAAUGCUAAGAUGGAGACCAAGGUAGCCAUCUGCUUUCCGGAGUAG